AUGAAAGAUAAACAAUUUGUAGUAAUUGUUUCAUUGUUCAUUUUUUUGUCAAACAGCGAAAGAAAGAGAUCUUUGUAAUCGCAUUCAUUUACUAUAAAAUACCACUGGAAGAAACGUGAAUCCUGAAUACAGUAAACAGAAACUGCAAAGCAAUUGUUUGUUUGUGUUUAAAACAAUGAACAGCUGUGUUCUGUGGUGUUUAGUGAUUUGUUGAGCUAUCGUUGACAGGUUGAUGACGAAGGGGCUUUUUUGAACCAGACGAAAGGCAGUACGAAGUCUUCAGGCUGUGUUUAUGACUCAUCGGAACUACAAUUGUCGGGCGAUUUUCAAAAACAAUCUUUGAUGUUGAAAUCAUCAAAAUCACUCGCGGAACUCUCCAUGAUCGAUUGUAAGCCUGCAAAAAGUAUUUUAAAAAGUUCUUCGUCCAAAGGAAAUCUGAAGAAGUAUGUCCAUUUUCCAGCAGAUUUUCGUCACAUUCAAACUAUCCAUAAAUACUCAAAUAUUGAUGAAGUAUUUUCUGAAGAUGACAUUGAUGAAACGUGAAUCUAUCAUUUCUUCACCACACAUCAAACAUUUUUACCAUAAAUGAUUUCAUAUUUUUGUGAUUAUACAACACAAGUAUAAACUAUUUAGUUUGGACAAAAUAUUGCUCUAAAGUCAUUUGUUUGUAUAUUUUUUAGAUUUGUGUUUGUUUAUUACUGCAUUGUUUUUAAAGCACUUUUUACUGCAUUGCUGUUGUAUUAUGUUACUCCCUGUUAGUAAAAUAUCACAUGAUAAGUUACCAAAAUCCAUCAAGAUUCCACAUAUCGAUGAACUAAAGCUUGAGCCCGCUUUUCAAUAUGAGUUUUUUUGUCUAAAAAGUAUCCCAAUUCAAAAUUUUUUCAAGGCCAUCAUAAAGAAAAAUAAAAAGACCCAAAUUGAGUUCUCCUUAUGAAACAGGACAACUGCAAUAUUUCAUUUUGUCUGUUGUUGGUUUUGAAAUAAAACGAAAGUAUUACACUUUUAAUUGUCUUGUUUGAUAACAUGAAAUUAAAUUUACAAGAUGCCUUUUUUUGGAUUUUGUUUUAUUUUAUAUCUUAUGAAAUUGUCGUCUGGUCAAGGAUUGAGUUCGCCUUAUUCAGCGCUUGUUCAUUCUACCCUUUUUCAAGUUCGGCACUAAAUUUACUUUUCAAAACUGUCUUACCACCAAUCUUCUAAUGUUCUUUUAUCUUCCUAGAAAAAUCCCUCCCCAUAUCCAAGAUUAUUGCAAAGAAAAAAGGACCUAAACUAACACCAAACUCUUCUGACAUCCAAGGUUCACAUGAUCUGAUUGCAGUAUUUUCAUCCUUCCAUUUUUUUCUCAAUGUUCGUUUCAUUUCUGCAUUCUGCUCGGAAAUGGCCGCUACGAACGCUGAGCAAUACAUUUUGCUCGUGGGCUCAAUAGACAUAAAAUUUGCUGGGAUGACUAAAGGAGUAUCGUGGUGUUGGAGUGCGUGAUUUUGUCGUUUUAAAAAUGCUUUCCCAAGCUCAAUUACUUGACGAAUUAAUGGGCAGAGAUAGAAAUCUAGCCCCACAAGACAAGAAAUCCAGUUUGCACUGGUCGGAUCCUGGGGUUUGCAAAAUGUUCCUGGCAGGAUUUUGUCCUCACGAUCUUUUUACUAACACGCGUUCAGAUCUGGGAUACUGUGAAAAAAUCCAUGAUGACAAAUUGAGAGAAGAAUAUAAAACAUCACGAAGAUUUGGGACAAUGAAUUAUGAAGAAGAUUUUCUACGUUAUCUGCAGUCACUUCUGUCUGAUGUUGAUCGAAGAAUACGUCGUGGUCAUUCACGGCUGUUAACUUCUCAAGAACUCAUGAAGGAAAAACAAUUGGGAAAAUUGAAUAAUGAAGGUGAUAGAGAGAAGGAAGCCCAGUUAACGGAGAAAGUCAACUCUCUGGUCGAGCAGGCCGAGAAACUUGGAUGCGAGGGAAAGGUUGAAGAAGCGCAAGGUAUGAUGAAGCUUGUUGAACAAUUAAAAGAAGAACGUGAUUUACUUACAUCAAAGGUAAAGGAUCCAAGUUUUAACGGUCAGGAAAAACUGAUGGAAGUCUGUGAUGUCUGUGGUGCAUUUCUCAUCAUUGGCGAUGCUCAGAUAAGAGUAGAUGAUCAUUUACAAGGGAAGCAGCACAAAGGAUACGCGCAAAUUAAAGCUGCAGUUGAAGAAAUGAAGAGUCGACCUUGGUUGAAGAAAUCAACGAACAACGAAACCGAUAGGAAAUCUGAAGACAAAGAAAGAAACUCUGAUAAAGAUCGUGGUCGCCGAAGGGAGAGCGAUGGAGAUAGAAAUUACCAUCGAGACCGUUAUCGUGACCGAAGUAGUCGUGACAGGGAUAGAAGGGAUCGUGACAGGGAUAGAAGGGAUCGUGAUAGGGAUAGGAGGGAUCGUGACAGGGAUAGAAGGGAUCGUCGAAGAGAUCGUAGCAGGAGCCGAGACCGUGACAGAAGUCGUGAUCGUAGACGUAGUAGACGUGAUGAUCGCAGUCGUAGCAGAAAUCGUGAUGAGCCACGUGAUCGGCAUGAUGAACCACGUGAUCGGCAUGACGACAGAGCUGGCAAACGUGAUGAGAAGAUUGAAGGUAACGAAAUACAGGGAAGUGAAGUGAGCUCGUCAAAGGAUGACAAAAUGGCGGAGAAAGGUAGUCAAGGUACAAGAGGAGUUGAAGACUAACUACUGGAGGAUCACAUCAUCUUGAUUCUAGUUUUCCUGUACUUCAUACAGUGGACAUUUUACAUAUGAUUAUGAAGUUCGCCGGUUUUCGUAGUAUUUUGUUUGUUGUGCUUCAUAUCGAGGUGGAUCGUAAUUCUGUAAAUAGAGCUAUUUCUUUGACUUUGAUUGUAUAUUGUAUUAAAAAUGCCUAUGGACAAUGUGAAUUGUUUAAAUGAAAA